AUGAUGGGACCAGCAGAGUGCGACAAAGCGUAUCAAAGUAGUCCAACAAUUUGCUCUGAUGUAGUAACAUACUAUGUACGACUGAAGACAGCUGAGCAGGUGAGAGGGCGGGCGUGGGCUAUCAUUGAUUGGGUGUUGGUGACUCGUGGGUUCUUAUGCAUCGCUAUGACAGCAAUUGAUCUACUGCACUUCUGUCCAACUGCCUAUCUGGAACGCACACGUGUGUGGUACUCCACUAUAUAUCCUAUUAACAAUUGCAGUCCGGAGGGGUGCAGGGGUAUACAUAUUCAUAUACACAGGCGCAACUGUAUUGAUGUGCUGUAUACGCUCGAGGAAUUUGGGAUAUCGAUGAACUUCGAGGAAAGGAAGGGCCAAGGGUUUGCAAAAGACAAUCGCGAUGUUUACAUAUUUUGGCCAAGAGAGGAUGCCACCUAA